ACUAUAAAGCAGAACAAUAAGGAGCACUACAGGCGCUUGCUGGAGAUGGUGACGGAGAAAUACAGCAAAAGCCAACCACUACCAUUCAACCAAACAAAACCGCAAAAUGAGUCGCUAUCACAGGGUGAUCACAAAAGUGCUGCUUCAGGAAAAGCCUUUGAAUCAGUGCCCAGGAAGAUGGGAUACACAGCUGCCCCAAGUGUGUUUACAUGGAGAAAUGCAUCUGCAACCAAGGACAGGCGUGGUAACUUGACCUUUAGUAAGACGUUCAGUGGAGCCUUUGAGGACACACAGCCUGGUAGAUGUGCAAAGAAACAGGGAGCAGAGCUGGAUCUUUCUACAGAAGUUGCUACUCGCCUCAGUCUAGUGGACAGAGAGACUCCUGCCAUCAGUCUCCCUGACACACAUUCUGCACACACAGCACAUACAAGGCACAGCGAUGAGGACAUACCUCGGCUGACCAAGGAAAUGGCUGCAGAGGUGAGUUGUGCUCUAGCUCAGAGUGAUCCCAACCUGGUUCUUAGCGCGGCAUUCAAGCUUCGCAUCACACAGAGAGACUUGGCCACACUGCAGGAAGGAGGCUGGCUCAACGAUGAGGUGAUUAACUUCUACCUCUCCCUGGUCAUGGAGCGGUGCUCUAGCGAGGCAACAGCAUUAAAAGUCUACACGUUCAGCACAUUCUUCUUCCCUAAGCUGCGGGGUGGAGGAGGUGGGCAGGCAGGAGGACACACUGCUGUGAAGCGCUGGACCAAGGCUGUCGACCUUUUCCUCUACGACCUCAUCCUGGUACCUCUGCAUCUGGGCGUCCACUGGGCAAUGGCUGUGAUUGAUUUAAAGUCAAAGACAGUGAAGUCAUAUGACUCAAUGGCCCAGAGACAUGAUGACAUCUGUAGUCUUUUACUAAUGUACCUUAAAGAGGAGCACAAAAUAAAGAAAGGCAGAGAGCUUGACAGCCCCAAAUGGACCAUUGGAAGCUUAAGGGCCUCUGAGAUUCCCCAACAAAAAAAUGGCAGUGACUGUGGCGUUUUUGCCUGUAAAUAUGCUGACUAUAUCGCAAAAGGAAGGCCUCUCGCCUUUAAACAGUGCCACAUGCCUCUCUUCAGGAAGUUAAUGAUUUGGGAAAUCCUCAAUCAGAAGCUGCUAUAGGGGAUCGCAACAAUCUCCAUUAACUGCCUAACAGCAGCGACUUUCUCAGUGGGGGGCAACACCUGUGUACAGUAACAUGGUGAAGAAAAAGAACUGAAUGGGCCAAAGAAGUGGACUUCAUUGACUGAAACCUUACCCAGUCUAGCUGUUCUGGUCAAACACUAUUCUUAAGAGUUGGUUAUGUUCUUUUCCCAUCAGGGACGUAUUAAUAUUUUGUAAUCUCUGAGUUGUAAUUGGAGACAUUAUCUGGAUGCAAGAAGUGUAUGAGUUACACAAGUUCUGGCACUACUGACUGAAUGGGUUUUUUUUUUUUUUUUUUUCAAUUGACUUUGGAUUGUUUGAAUUUCUGCCUGAAGUGCCUUCUGCCCACUGACACUGAGCUAAACCUUUUCUGUUGUAUAUUUUAGGAAAUUAAUUGGUCAAAGACAAAUUAAAAGUCAGUUAUGAGGAGUUUGACUCAGAAUUAAUUGAAUUAGAGUGUUGCAGGUCAGUGUUAUUUUGAUGUCAUUUGGAUGUUCCCCUCUCUCCCAAUUGUGAUCAUCAGAGGACCGCAACUUACUACAAGCUAUUUAUGAAACGCAAUCUUAAGAAAUACAGACAAUGAAAAUCAAAAUACCUCUUUUCCAGUCCCUUUUUCAGAAAGAAAAAUGCAUGGUUGAGUGCUUGUAGUAUGUUUGUUUUGCUAUUAUAUAUAUAUUUAUGACUUGACUGGAUGAGAAAGUGUUUUUGGAGUAUGUAUAGUUUGUUUUUUUUCUCCAUGAGCGGAGCAUAAAUAGUUGUUUCCUCAUACGUAACAUAAGGCGCUGUUAGGAUUGUGAAUCUUUUCCAUGAGCAUACUGCAAGAGUCUUAGGGCUAUUACAUUGGCUUACAGUAUAGUAUACUGCAUAGCAAACUACUGUACACAUGUGCAUGUUGGAGUUCAUGCUUUUAAAAAUGUGAUUUCUGUAAUAAAGUAUUCAAUUUUUUAAAA